GCGUGUUUGGAUGAUCAGCGCCCUGUAGGAAAGAGAAAUCUUACUUAAAACGUGUUAAGAGUUGUAUUUUCUCUUCUUUCUCUGGCUCUUGGAUGCUUGUAAUAUGUCCGGGUUUCAGGAUCGUUCAGUUGUUCGUGCUGAUGUCCAACAGCUUUCAGUGAGUAAAGGACGGGUUUCCACAGAGCAGCAGGAGAGGGGGUCAAGUCUGAACCAGGAGAUUACUGAACCUCCACAGAUCAAAGAGGAACCAGAGGAACUGUGGUUGGGUAGUAAGGAGGAAGGAAUCAGCAUGUUCUCUUCGGUUCCUGUCCCUAUGAAGACUGAAGAAGAUGAAGAGAAACCUCAGUCCUCACAGCUUCAGCAAAGACUAACUGAACAUGUGGAAAGAGGAGCUGAUGAAGACGACUGCGGAGGACCAAGAGCAGCAAGGUACUACAGUCAAGAGAGAGUUUUGAAACCAGAGAUUGAGGUCACGGGUGAGGACUCCUCUGAGGCUGAAACUGAUGACAGUGCUGAUUGGGUGGAGAAACCAGACCACCAUUCAGGUGUAAACUCACUGGAAAACAUAAAAAAUAAGAGUGGAAAGACUGGUAGGAAAUCACGUUGUUGCUCUGUGUGUGGUAAAAGAUACUACCAUGCAGGUCAUCUUAGACACCAUAUGAGAAUUCACACUGGAGGGAAACCCUUCGGCUGUUUUGAGUGUGGUAAAAGAUUUUACCAUGCAGGUCAUCUCAGACAUCAUAUGAGAAUUCACACUGGAGAGAAACCCUUCAGCUGUUCUGAGUGUGGUAAAAGAUUUUCCUAUCAAAAAGCAGUGGACAGACACAUGAAAACACACUCAGUGGAGAAAACCUUUGAGUUUUGUACAAAAUUUUACCCCCAAAAUAAUCAGACUGAACAAACUUUAUUUGACAUGAAGCAGAAACCCAAAAGACGCCCUCAUAGUGGUAAGAGAUUAAGACUUGAAUGUAAUUUGGCGAGUUACAGCAGACCUCUUACUGGUGAGAAACUAUUUGGCUGCACUAAGUGUGGUCAACGAUUUAACCACAAAGGAAUCCUGACCAGACACAUGUUAAUUCAUCACAGACAGAAACCUCAUACUGGUGAGAAACCUUUUAGCUGCUCUAACUGUGGAAAAAGUUUUAACCACAAAGGAAACCUGAACAGACACAUGUUAAUUCAUCACAGACAGAAACCUUAUACUGGUGAGAAACCAUUUGGCUGUACUGAGUGCAGUCAAAGAUUUAACCACAAAGGAAACCUGACCAGACACAUGGUAAUUCAUCACAGACAGAAACCUUAUACUGGUGAGAAACCAUUUGGCUGCACUAAGUGUGGUCAAAGAUUUAACCACAAAGGAAACCUGACCAGACACAUGUUAAUUCAUCACAGACGGAAACCUCAUACUGGUGAGAAACCAUUUGGCUGCACUAAAUGUGGUCAAAGAUUUAACCGCAAAGGAAACCUGACCAGACACAUGUUAAUUCAUAACAGACGGAAACCUCAUACUGGUGAGAAACCAUUUGGCUGCACUGAGUGUGGUCAAAGAUUUGACCGCAAAGGAAACCUGACCAGACACAUGUUAAUUCAUAACAGACAGAAAAGUCAUACUAGUGAGCGACCAUUUGGCUGCACUGUGUGUGACAAAAGAUUUAACGAAAAGUAUCAACUUGCACACCAUAUGAAAAUUCACACAGGAGAGAAACCCUUCCGCUGUUUUGAGUGUGGUAGAAGAUUUAACCGAAAUGGAAAUCUGACCAGACACAUGUCAAUUCAUAACAGACAGAAACGCUUCAUCUCCACUGAGUGCAGUAUUGGAUUGAACAAGACAGAUCAAGCAAUGAAACAUCAGGUAACUCACACUGCAGAGCAGUCCUUCAGCUGCUCUGAGUGUGGAAAAUGUUUUAGCAGAGAAAUAUAUCUUGCUAGACAUGUGGUAGUUCACUCUAAACAGAAUUCCCUGAGGUGCUCUAAAUGUGGAAAAUGUUUUGGCAAGAAAAGUUAUCUUGCCACACACAUGUUAGUUCACACUAGACAGAAACUUUUCGACUGCUUUGACUGUGGUGAAACAUUUAGCCUUGAAAGCGAUUUGACAAAACACAGGAGAAUUCAUGCAAGAGAGAAACCCUUUGACUGCACAGAGUGUGGUCAAAAAUUUGCCCAAAAACAUCAUAUGGAAGACCACAUGAGAACACACUCGAGAGACAAACCCUUCAGCUGCCCUGAGUGUGGUGAAAGAUUUACCCAAAAGAGUUCUCUGAGCAGACAUGUAUUAGCUCAAACAUGCUCUGAUUAUUGUCGAGACAAUUUGACCAAACGUAGGGGAAUUCAGACAGGAGAAACCUCAUUUGACUGCUCAGUGUGUGGUAAAAGAUUUAACAAAAGGAAAUGGUUUUCCAUUCAUAUGUUAGUUCACACUAACCCCAAACUUUUCAGCUGCUCUGAGUGUGGUAAAACAUUUAGCUAUAGAAGCAAUUUGACAAAACACAAGAGAAUUCAUACAGAACAGAAACCCUUUGACUGCACAGAGUGUGGUAAAACAUUUAGCUGUGAAAGCACUUUGACAAGACACAAGAGAAUUCAUACAGGAGAGAAACCCUUUGACUGCACAGAGUGUGGUAAAAUAUUUACACUUAAACAUCAUUUGGAAGACCACAUGAGAAUACACUCUGGAGAAAAAUCCUUCAGCUGCUCUGAGUGUGGUAAAAGAUUUUCCAGACAAAGUUCUGUGACCAAACACAUGUUAGUUCACAUGACAAAGUAACCCCAUUUCUUGCUCUGACUAUGGUAAAACAUUCAGCUGUGAAGACAAUUUGGUCAAGCACAGGGGAAUUCAGACAGGAGAAACCCCAUUUUGAUUGCUGUGUGUGGUAAAAGAUUUAACAAAAAGAAAUGGUUUUUGCAGGUCUAUUUUAGUUCACACUUACCUGAUGUUUUUGCAUAUUUAUCACACUUAAAUGUUCCGGAUCAUCAAACCAAUUUUUAUAAUUCACGAACGCAUCCCAAGUAAAUAGAAAAUGCAGUGUCUGAAUGCUUAU